ACAAGUGGAGGAACAAAAUGGCCGCCACAAGCGAAGUGAAGAAGUUCAGAGAAAUGAAGAUAUCUAAAAAAGAAUUGGCUGAUGCAAAAGUUCCUCUUCAUCUACGAGAUUACUGUGCGCAUCUUGUUGUUCCAUUAUUGGAAUGUCAAAAGAAAAACUAUUAUCUUCCAUGGAAAUGUAAACAUGAACGUCAUGAAUGGGAAGUGUGUGAAUAUACUGACUUUUUGAUGAGACAAAGAGAAUAUAAGAAGAAAGCCAGCAACUAGAUCAGUGUUUAGAUAUUUAAACAACAGGCCACUUUUGUUACAGUAAUUUGCAAAGAGUGCCAUACAAUAUAUAGUCUGUUAACUGUAUAUUUUUGUGUUUACUGUGAAUAAUAAAAUCUUACAAUGA